UUCUGUGAGUCUCCUUUCGGCUGGAAAUCGAUCAGUCCUCUUCCUCCAUCGAAGCACCGGUUAAGCUCCAAUUCUCGCUGUCGAAACGCUUCUUCUCCGCGUUUCUGUAAUCUCUGCUCUCGGACCGUCUGUCUCGGGGCUUCUCCGGUCCCUCUUCGGGAAGUUGUUGAUUGUUCAGUCUGAGCUGAAUUGCGAGUGAAAUGUCGAGUGAGCUCGUCUUAGUUGAGAAUUUACUAUUGCUAAUACGUACUCUUGCUGAGAGUUUGGUCUAGAAAUCGAGGGGCUUUCGAGUAGCGAUGAUCCGCAAAACCAGGAUUCUAGUUCAGAGAGAAGUUAUGGCUGCAUCCCACAAGGUUGCCCAUGCUGCAUACAACCGACCGAGCAUCCUGAAGGAGAUCAUAUACGGGAUCAUGGCCGGGCUGGCUGCUGGGUUUUUGUGGAAGAUGCACCACUGGAAUAACCAGAGGAGGACAAAAGAGUUCUAUGACCUCCUCGAGAGAGGUGAAAUCAGCGUAGUCCUCAAAGAUGAGUAACAAACCUUCCUGGUUAGUUGUUACGAUAGCCUACCUAUAUGUAGGAACUCGUUUCAAACCUAUCUUGUUAUGAUAGCCUACUUAUAUUUAGGAUCUCAUUUCGAAGUUGCAAAGCUGUUAAACUGAUGCCCUAAAAGCUGAACUUGGAAUCUGCUCCUGAGGAAGGAAAAUGUCACAGUUUUACUUAUUUCAUGUCAUAGAUCCUGGAACUUUCAAGGCAAAGUCGAACUUACAUGCAGAUUCCGGCCUAUUCAUGAAAUCCAACCGUUUCAUGCCGUGAGUUCA